GGAAUGGUGGUGGUUGCAUCGUGCUGUGAUGCAGUUUUUCUGUGUCGGGGACUAGGCGACUGGUCAGGGUUGAAGGAAAGCUGAACGGAGCAAAGAAUAUCAGAGAAACCUCGUCCAGAGCGCUGCAGUCCUCAGCCUGGACUGAAGGUUCACCUUCCCACAGGACGAUGACCCUACGCACACAGCCAAGACCACGCAGGAGUGGCUUAAGGACAACUCUCUGAAUGCCCCUGAGUGAUCUAACUUAAACCCAAUCAAAUGUCUCCGGAGAGAACUAUAAAUGGCCGUCCACCAACAGUCCCCAUCCCACCUGACAGAGCUUGAGAGGAUCUGCAAUACUUAUGUCAGUAUGAUAUGUCAUUUUUUUCUUUUUUAAUAAUAAUAAUAAUAAAUGUGAAAACAGUGAGGGUGUCGGAAUACUUUCUGAAUGCAGUGUACAGUAGGCUUACAGCAUCAAAACAUGGUAACGAGUGAGGGGGGGGGGGUUGAACAUACGGAAGUGUGCUGUUCCUUCCUCUUUGUUGGCGGCCUCAUCAUACCUCGCUCGCUGUCUUGGUCUAACGGAGUCAGACUGCAGAGUCUACGGGUAUAGGGAUGUUUGUAGCAUUACUCCUCAUGUUUGGACCACUUCAUUGUCACUCAGAGCCAGUGCCGAUCACUGCAUACGAGGGGGACACGGUCACGCUACAGUCGACAGGAAACACCACAUGGAAUUUCAGCAGAAUCCGGUGGUCCAUAUUCGACAACAAGACUUUCAUCGCUACUUUCAAAGGGGGAGACCUGAGAACCGACCUGUUCUGGAGUUACACGGGUCGACUUACUCUUAACCGCACCACCGGUGACCUGCACAUCAAAAACGUGGUUAAAAGAGAUGCCAAAUUAUAUUCAGUGCUUUUGAUGGAUGUCAGCGGCCCGCAGCAAAACCAUGACGUUCAGCUCACAGUGAGAGCAAAGCUGUUUCAGCCGACUCUAAGCAACAAAGGAGUCGAGUACGGAAAUGGUCAGUGCGAGGUAAAGCUGGUCUGCACGUCGCCUCAGACAGGACUUAACUUCACAUGGGCUUAUCUGGGGGAUUCUUCCGUGCUCUUUAAAUCCCAUUCCUUGGACCGUAACAGCUCCUUCCUGUGGGCAUACCUACCAACAGGCAGUGCCGCAAACUUCAGCUGCACGGUCAGCGACAACCUUCGAAACACGAGCAACAGCUUGCAGGUGCCAUGCAGAGACGAGCGUAACCAUUGGAUCAUUGUGUACAUCUUUGGAGUGUUCACAACUCCCAUUGUACUCUUGCCUUUGAAGUGGUGGACAGGCUGCCAACCGAUAGCUGCUACAGAAGUGUAAGACGCAGUAUAACUAUUGACAGAAAUGCCUUUAUUUAUUUCCCCAAAAAGAAGCUUUUUAUAGAAACAUCAAGCACAAAUACAUUAUUGACCUACAACUGUAAUGUGAUUCUGAAGACAUGAUACAUAAACUAAAAUAUAAGUUCCCAAAUAUAUGUUCCAAAAAUAUAACUUUUCAGUUUGUGAUA